AUGCGUACCAAAUUCUUAGUCAGGGACUGGUUACGUGAGAGGAAGCUACCUAUCUUCGACGAAGAGGAUCGGAUCAGACUGGAAGAUGGCUUCAAUGCGAACUUUUCAGUAAUCGACGACCCCAUGGCGAGCCUGGAGUAUGAAGAUAGACCACCGCCCCCGCAGCAGCAGCAACUUAAGCACGAAUUGGAGGGCAAUGGGGAAGUUCUGGGGGGUGGAGCUAGGCACACGGACGAACAGCAGCAGAAAGACGAAGUCAGCGACCAGCGCAGUGAAGGACCGUCUGCCUUUUGGGGAAUCGAUGAUUUUUCAGCCAUACUGCAGAACUGUCCGCCCAUGGACAGUGACGAGAUCUGCAACUUGGACCUGAGCAACGACGUGGACCUGCUGCUGGACGGCGUGUUGGGCUCGAACGACGAGGUGACUUCGCCGUCGUCGCUGCCGCCCGUUGACUCGGGCGCAAGGACCCGCCCGUCCGUCGUGCUAGGUCCGCGUCAACAAUUUUUGGUCGCGUCAAUGAGGUACUACAUGCGCAUCGUGGGAAGCGCGAAGAAGCAUUCCAGGGAUUGCGAAGGAAAGCGCCAGCAGACGUUGCUGAGGCUAAUCGAAUCAAACCUGCAGUUGUUCCAGCACGUCCACCUGUGCCAAUCAAUUCUAACAUGUGCGAGUGAGACCUGA